AUGACUGUCGAUCUUGAAUCCCCAGUGAAAAUACCUUCAAACCAAGUACAAUCUGUUGCUAUUAUCGGUGGUGGUGCCUCAGGAUCAAUUGCGUUAGACUCUCUAGUUCAGGAAGAUCACAUUAAGUCGAUUACACUCUUUGAAAGGAGACUGACUUUUGGUGGGAUUUGGAAUUUAGAUGAAGGUGAAGAACACACCAGAACUCCAUCUGAGAUUAUUAAGCCAGGGUACACAAAUACUAAGACGGACCCUCAGUUGGCAAAUCCUUUCCAUGCUGGUGGUGAAGACGUGAAAGGUAAGAGGUUUUUAUUGUUACCAAAGAAUAGACAAGAAAGAUUUGUCAGUACUCCAUCUUAUGGUGGAGUCAAAACUAAUAUUAUUGAGAAUAUAAUGACAUUUAGUGAUUUGAAUCACUGGGAUGUGCCUGGAGAGACUGAUCCUAAUAAUACCAGAUACGUCGACGGCCUUAUCGUUAGAAAAUAUAUUGAAACAUAUAUUGAAAGACACACUUCUGAUGAUAAGGUUAGUGUUAUUAAGAAUACUACAGUGGAAGACAUUGAGCGGGUUACUAAACCAAGUUCCACAGGCGAGGAAACUGAUGAACAAUUCCCAUUCCGCUACAAGUUGACCUUAAGACAGUCAGUAAAUGAAGAAAGUGACAUAUGGUGGCAGGAAUCAUACGAUGCUGUGAUUGUUGCAACUGGUCAUUAUUUCGUACCAUUUAUCCCAGAAGUUAAAGGUUUACUGGAAUUGCAAAAAUUGGCACCUUCCGUAAUUCACCAUGCAAAGUACUACAGAACUCCAAAAGCAUACAAGGAUAAAAAAAUCAUAGUUGUUGGAUCCAGGGCAUCAGGAGCAGACAUUACAAAAUACGCUGCCGAUCAUGCUACUGAAGUUUACCAAUCUAUUCGUAACAUUGAGAAUACCAGAGUCUUAAGUAAGAAGCCUAAUAUAUUCAAGAAAGGCGAAAUUAGUGAAAUUGAAAUCAUUGAUUCCAAUCCCUCGAAGCCAAGCUUCAAGGUAAUAUUCAAUGACGGGUCGGAACUUGUAGAUCCUGAUCACAUUAUAUAUGCAACAGGAUACCAAUUUUCAUUCCCAUUUUUGAAUAGACAUAUUCAAAAUCACGCUGGAAGAGAAGUCACCAAAGAUGGGAGAGUUAUUCAAAACCUUUAUCAGCAUACUUUUCUUUUGGAUGAUCCAUUGAUUACAUUCAUCGGUAUGCCAGUAGACGGGGUGUCCUUUAGAGUAUUCGAGUACCAGGCGGUAUUAGUAUCGAGAUACUUGGCAGGAAAAGUGGCACUCCCAGCAAAAAAAGAGCAGUUGAAAUGGUGUGAAGAUAGGUUGAAAGAUAAGGGUGUUACUAGGGCGUACCAUACAAUUGGAUUUGUGGAUGCUCCAGACUUUCUUUCUGGUUUAACCAAAUUGGGUUACGUAGAUACUACCAAGACUCCAGUAGGAAGACCAUUUCCAGUCCUUACAGAAGCGGAUCUUGAAGAUUACAAAUCAUGGGCUCAAAGAUUAGCUGAAAAUUGGGAUAAGAGAUAA